CCGCCGCCGCCGGAGCCCGCGCCCGCGCCCGGCCCGCGCGGCCCCAUGCCUCUGGCGCGGCCCUCGGGGGGGCGAAGGUGAAGACCGGCUCCUAGGAUGAGUGAAGGUGCGGCCGCUGCCUCGCCACCUGGAGCCGCUUCGGCAGCCGCCGCCUCGGCCGAGGAGGGCACCGCGGCGGCUGCGGCGGCGGCAGCGGCGGGCGGGGGCCCGGACGGCGGCGGCGAAGGGGCGGCCGAGCCCCCCCGGGAGUUACGCUGUAGCGACUGCAUCGUGUGGAACCGGCAGCAGACGUGGCUGUGCGUGGUGCCUCUGUUCAUCGGCUUCAUCGGCCUGGGGCUCAGCCUCAUGCUCCUCAAAUGGAUCGUGGUGGGCUCCGUCAAGGAAUACGUGCCCACCGACCUGGUGGACUCCAAGGGGAUGGGCCAGGACCCCUUCUUCCUCUCCAAGCCCAGCUCCUUCCCCAAGGCCAUGGAGACCACCACCACGACUACUUCUACUGCGUCCCCCGCCACCCCCUCCGCCGGCGGUGCCGCCUCUUCCAGGACGCCCAACCGGAUUAGCACCCGCCUGACGACCAUCACGCGGGCGCCCACUCGCUUUCCCGGGCACCGGGUGCCUAUCCGGGCCAGCCCGCGCUCCACCACCGCACGGAACACUGCGGCCCCCCCGACGGUCCUGUCCACCACAGCCCCCUUCUUCAGUAGCAGCACGCCGGGCUCCCGACCCCCGGUGCCAGGAACCCCCAGUACCCAGGCAAUGCCAUCCUGGCCCACUGCGGCAUACGCUACCUCCUCCUACCUUCAUGAUUCUACUCCGUCCUGGACCCUGUCUCCCUUUCAGGAUGCUGCCACCACCUCUUCCUCCUCUUCGUCUUCCUCCUCCUCUACCACCACCACGCCAGAAACUACCACCAGCCCCAAAUUUCAUACAACGACAUAUUCCACGGAGCGGUCUGAGCACUUCAAACCCUGCCGAGACAAGGACCUCGCAUACUGUCUCAAUGAUGGCGAGUGCUUUGUGAUCGAGACCCUGACGGGAUCCCAUAAACACUGUCGGUGCAAGGAAGGCUACCAAGGAGUCCGUUGUGAUCAAUUUCUGCCGAAAACUGAUUCCAUCUUAUCGGAUCCAACAGACCACUUGGGGAUUGAAUUCAUGGAGAGUGAAGAAGUUUAUCAAAGGCAGGUGCUGUCAAUUUCAUGUAUCAUCUUUGGAAUUGUCAUCGUGGGCAUGUUCUGUGCAGCAUUCUACUUCAAAAGCAAGAAACAAGCUAAACAAAUUCAAGAGCAGCUGAAAGAACCACAAAGUGGUAAAAACUAUAGCCUCAAAGCAUCCAGCACAAUGGCAAAGUCAGAGAACUUGGCGAAAAAUCAUGUCCAGCUGCAAAGUUAUUCAAAGGCGGAAAGGCAUCCUGUGACUGCAUUGGAGAAAAUGAUGGAGUCAAGUUUUGCCAGCCCUCAGUCAUUCCCAGAGGUCCCUUCUCCUGACAGAGGAAGCCAGUCUGUCAAACACCACAGGUACAGCAGGAAUCUCUCCUCUUGCUGCAGCCCAGGGCAAAGGAGUGGUAUGCUCCAUAGGAAUGCCUUCAGGAGAACACCCCCCUCACCCAGAAGUAGGCUGGGCGGCAUCGUGGGACCAGCAUAUCAGCAACUUGAGGACUCAAGGAUCCCAGACCAGGAUACGAUACCUUGUCAAGGGAUAGAGGUCAGGAAGACUAUACCCCACCUGCCUAUACAGCUGUGGUGUGUUGAAAGAUCCCUGGACUUCAAGUAUUCCUCCAGUGGUUUAAAAACCCAACAAAAUGCAUCCAUAAAUAUGCAACUGCCUUCAAGAGAGACAAAUUCCUAUUUUAAUAGCUUGGAUCAAAAGGACCUGAUGGGAUAUUCAUCCGCGCGGGCCAGUUCCGUGCCCAUCAUCCCUUCAGUGGGUCUAGAAGAAACCUGCAUGCAAAUGCCAGGGAUUUCUGAAGUCAAAAGCAUCAAAUGGUACAAAAACUCCUACUCUGCUGACAUUGUCAAUGUGAGUAUUCCAGUCAGCGAUUGUCUUAUAGCAGAACAACAAGAAGUGAAAAUAUUGCUAGAAACUGUCCAGGAGCAGAUCCGAAUUCUGAGCGACGCCAGGCGGUCAGAGGACUACGAACUGGCCAGUGUAGAAACCGAGGACAGUGCAAGUGAAAACACAGCCUUUCUCCCCCUGAGUCCCACGGCCAAAUCAGAACGAGAGGCACAGUUUGUCUUAAGAAAUGAAAUACAAAGAGACUCCGCGUUGACCAAGUGACUGGAGCUGGAGGAAUCGGUGUGUUCUAUGCUUUGCUCAACAGGAAAAGAGAGGAAAUUAAAUACAAAUUAUUUAUAUGCAUUAAUUUAAGAGCAUCUACUUAGAAGAAACCAAAUAGUCUAUCGCCCUCAUAUCAUACUGUUUUUUAACAAAAUAUUUUUUUAAAGGGAAAGAAACGUUUCAGGAGGGAUAAAGCUUACAACUAAAGCUUUGGGUAGAAUUGUGAAUACAAUUUCAGUUAGUCCCAACACCGGGGCCUCUUUUGGCUCUUAGUAGAUGUGGGUGAUUCAGACCCUCAGCCCCACCGCACCAGUGUCCUCAUAAAAAAAGCACUGGCAGUUCCCCGGUUUCAAAGAGACAAGCUGUAUCCUGAGGGCGGACGUGCCAAUGAGCAGGUGGCCCUUGCAUUUGGCUUGCAGGUCCCAACCCCUAAAUUUCUCUUCACUCGACAGCCUCCUCACAGGUUAUGUCAUGUCAACCAAUGUAGUGUUUUCUCUUUCAUUUUUGAAGAAUGGCACAAAGACUCUGGAAGAGGGAGGGCGGGAGAUAGAAGGCGUAAUCUGGGGCAAUCUUAGCUACUCUUGACGUGCCGCUCCCUCUGAAAUUUGAAGGCACAGAAUCUCAGAGGGAGGUGUGAAGGAAAUUAUUAUAGAAAAAGAGAUGAGAAAAUUCACAAUGUCGUGUUACUAAAAUCAUGCGAGUAGAAGUGUUUUUCUUUGAGAUUGUGUAGGGGCUCCAAAGGAGCCUUUCUCAGUGUGUGUGCGUGUGUGCCUGUGUGUGUAUGUGUGUGUGUGCGCAUGCGUGCGCACACCCGUGUGUGGGUAUGGGUUUGCUCACUCGAGCACAGGUAUGCUGUAUGCACAUGUGUUCAUUGUGUGUAUGUGUGUGCAUGUGUGUGCAUAUUAAGCUUGCUAAAAUUUGUUCUGAAACAUCAGGGAAUUUAUUAUUCAGAAAAAAAAUUUCCCUCUCAGAUCUGUUCACUUUAAAUUUAUCCAUUAAGUAUCAAGUUCAGUUUGUAAGUUCUUAAAUCAAGGUCACUUGCAUGGCGGGAUCCUAUAAAACUCUUGACAACGUCAAGAUCAUUUUCUGGUGUGAAUACUUUUGAGAGGAAUAACUAUUGGCUCAUUAAUGAUAUCAGUACCACAAGGCGAGUUGAGGAUGUGUGUUUAUUUUGAAUUAUGCAUACUUAAAUGAUUUACACAAGCCAAUUAUCAAAUUGACAGUUACCCUUUGCUUUCUCGUCAUCCUCAUUACUAUUUAUUUUGUAGCAAGUCUACUAUUUGUGGACCAAGACAUUGGCUUCUGUGGUUAAUAUGGAAAGAAUAAAUUGUUGAAAUCACAAAGCCCAGACUUUUCAGUUCACAGAAAGCCCCCAAAAGAACAGUAAAUUGUGUUGUAUGUUCAUUUGGAAUAAAGCAAUAUUUUUACCACUGCUAAGGUGAACUGAAACUUCUCCUGAAGAUUUGUCUGUUUUAUUUACCCUUAUUUUCAUGGGGCAUUCAAGGAAAUUAGUGUUCACAUAACUAGUCUUUUUCCAAUUAUUGGUGGUGUUGAGUUGUUAUGUUUACACUGUUUUAAAUAAAAAGGCACAGUAUUUGAAAGUAUAUAAAAGAUUUCUUUUACUGCAGUCUGGGAAGACUUUGGUUAAAAUUUCCUUGUGGAAGAUUCACAUUACAAUGGAAGAAAAUUUAACUAUUUCUGAAUCAAAUAAUAUACAAUUCUUACUGAGGUUAAGUUUUUUUCUGUUAAAAAUAUAUUACAAAUUGCUCUUUGAGGACAUUCUUUAGUAGACAUAAUGUCACGCAGAGGAAGGCAAACACUGUGUUCUUACCAGCACUGUUCAGUGGAACUUAAGGUCUCAGAUGUUGAAAACACUUCGGUAGAAAUGCAUUUUCUACUUAACAAAAGGCUUUUGGUAUUCAUUAAUUGUCCUAUUAUACUUACAUUAUUUUGAAUGUAGAGGUACUAUUGUUAGACUCUUAAAAGAUUAUCACAAACUUAUAAUGUCUAAACCAUCUAGGCUCCCACUUAAAAAUAUUGUAUCUUUGGGACAAGGAUCUAUGACCCCCGUGACUUGCAUAUCCAAUAUGUUACUGUGUUGAAAUUUAUCAGUAUUAUCCAACAUUACCUGGAAGACCUCACACAUCUGUUGAAGUCGACCUUGUUUCUUGGGUUUUUCAUCAAAAAGUUAUCUGUGGCAUACCUAAAGGAUUCGUACAGAUUUCACCUAAUUAGGAGGUGAUAAUUAGGUGACUCAUAGCAAUUACUUUAAUACAUAAUUCACACUGAAAAGAUUAAAUAUUAUCCAUCAAACAAGUACUAAUCCAAUCCCCACUUUGUUUUUUUCUUAAGGUAGAACAAUAUAUUCUGUGAUUAUAAACACUCUGGUGCGUCAUGAAGAGCCUUAAUAUCAAAUGCACCCACUGGCAGUCUGAUGUAAAGUUUAGAGAUACAGUAUGCACUUCCUAAUUGAUAAUCAAGACAAAAUAUUCCUUAAAGAAAAAAAUAUUAACGGUUAUUUCAGUGGCCAUUUUUCUCAUUUUGGAAUAUGAAGCUCUCCUCUGAAAAGGGCCCAAGCUCAAAAGGCACAUGUUUGGGCACCAGCUGACAAGCGUUCCUAGUGUCAAGACUUUCAAAGUUGAUCUAACAUGGCAAACCCCAGAGACAUUGGUACCUUGUCCUUCAAGCUCAUGUGCCUAACAGAGAGGUGCUUAUUUCUACAAGACACCUUUGAUUUUGUUUCAUUUUCCUUGUCUUUAUUAUGGGAAUAGAUAUUUGGAGAUUUGUAACUAAGUAAGUUGCAUAUUAGUCAUUUACUGAAGAAUGAAUGUCACUCAUGAGUUUUUUACUCUGAAUCAUUUUCUAAUUAGUUUUUUUAUAUACAAGGCAUAUAUUAUUCUAAGUGGCCAUGGAACACUGUUGUUCAAAGUGUAUGACAAAUUUUAUGCUACUGCAAAAUAGAAAUGAUGUUGGAGAAUUGGCAUUCAAAUUUUCUUUCUGGUUUUCCCAUGUACCUUAUUAAAUGCUCUAUGUUUUAUACUCUAAUCCAAUAUCUACCUUGCUAUGAUCUAAAAAUUUCUAAAUUUAUCACAUCUUCAAUAUUUCACAUCAUUUCUAAGUAGCAAUAGCAAGGACUUCUGGAGGAGGAAAAGUGCUGGUUUUAAGACUUCACAAUCUCUUUUGAUGAUAAGAAGAUAUCAGACCUACCAAAAAGAGAAAAGUAGAACCAAGCUGACUUUGAGAGAAUGCCCAUUGGCUUCCAGGUUGAAUGACAGUUAAAAUGUAAGUGAGGCCUCUGGCGACCAUGGCGAAGGCUGUCAAUAACCAGGUCUCCACCAGAAUACGCUUGAUGUAUGAGGCAGUGACGCACACCCAUCUGCUCUAUGGUGCUAUAGGAAACCAUGGCUCCCUAAGUGAGGGGAGAUGCUGGUUCCUUUGAUCCCAGCCCUGUAAGCCAGAAAAUAUUGCCCUGAGACAAGUGCUGUGAACCAUUUCCGAAACGAGUAUAUACUAUACUUAGGAACACAGCAAGAGGGGUGGGAUUUUUAUUUGAUCUUUUGGUAUCCGGGAAACAUUUUAUAUAUAAAGAAUACUUUUUUAUUAUUAUUCGAUUGUAUAGAUUCAGUACAGUGUAUUUGAUGAUAGCAUAUCUCUACUGUGUUUAUACCUUAGUCUUCAGAAAUUCAGUCUUCAUCCAGGAAAGAUCAGCACAAUGUUUCUGGGCGGGAUGCAUCUAAAAUUGAGAAUAGAAUGUUGUGGGAAAUGAUGCCUUUAAAUAAGCUUUAUCUCGUCCUUUUUUAUUUUUUCUUUCCCUUUUAAAGAAAUAGUGAGGGUAAAGGAAGAAAUUCAUUCCUUAAGAUCCAUUUUGUUUUCUUAUAACUACCUGUUUCCUACUGUGACUCCACACACAUACACAUGUAUACAUAUCUAAGCAUACACACACACACACACAUAUAUGAUGUGUAUGUAUAUUAAAUUUAGGGGGUUAAUUAUUUUGUUAGCUUUAUUUUUGCUUAAUUUGAAAAAAUUAAAGU